AUGUUUUCAUCUUAAUUUACUUGGACUAUUCUGUAAAUUAUUAUUAUUAGCACACUCUAUUUUGUAAACUUUUAAGCUAUUGCUGUUGAGGAAUAAUAGAAGGAAAUAUCAUUUAUAAGACAUGGUGCAAGAUCUCCUAAUAAGUAUAAUCCUUUAGACUAAAUUUUAUGGAAAAAUUAUAAACCUGGAUAUCUAACUGAAAAAGGAUUUCAAUAACUUUAGAAUUUAGGGUAAUCAUCACAGACAAAUUAUUUUUAUGAUGCUGAGGGAAAUUGCAUAUAUUAAAAACUAAAUUUCGUUUCAUCUGUUGUACCAAGAGUUAUGCAUUCAUUCAUUGGUUUUGUUAUGGGACUAUGUCCUAAUAAUUUCUAAGGAAUUUUAAGAAAUUACUUUUAAGAUUAUUAUUCAUAGUAUUCUAAAAAUGACAAAAUUUUAAAUGAAAUUAUGUAAUCAGAUUUUACAAAUCCAUUAAUCUUUGAUUUCUAAACAUUUAAAAUGGAACGUGACUUUUUGUUUCAUGGUCAUAGUUCAUCAUAAUGUCCUAAACUAGAUGAUAUUAAAGAAGAAAUUAUGAGUAAACAAGAAUAUUUGAAUAAGAACGAAGAAUUUAAACAAAGACCAGAAUUUUAAGAAGUAUUCCAACAAAUGAAACUGUCUAAUUCUUCUUUAGAUGAAGAAAGUAUUACCAUAAAUAAAAUGAAAACAUUUUAUGGUGGUUUCAAAUGUAAUAGAUAUCAAGGAUUUGACAAACCUGUUCUUUCAUUGAAUGCUUAAAAAUAUUUAGAUGAAAUUUUUAUCUAUAAAUUUUAUAAAAUGGAUAAUUCAAGAUCUAUUCAACAUUUUUCUGCAUUAACAGAAAUAUUCCAAUGGAUAAUUAAAUAAAUUAAAGGAGAUCAAACUAUUAGUUUAUAUUUUGGACAUGAUUCCAAUUAGGUUGCAAUGCUAUCUGUUUUAGUUGAAGAACCACUUAUUCCUCCUUUUGCAUCUAAAUUAAGCUUCAUAAUUUAAGGAGAGUAUGUGAAUUUAUAUUUUUAAAAUGAACUUUUAGAAACUAGAAUGUGUAGAUCUAAGAUUAAUUGUACUCGAGGAUAAGUAAUCAAAUAUUUAGAAUAAUAUAUUUCUAACAAUUUGAAUGAACUUUGUCAGAUUUGA